AUGGCCCCCCAAAGCUUGUCCCUCCAGGCAAAGGAGGGAGUUCAUGAUUAUGAGAACCCCUCCGUCUUCCGACGCAACACUCUGCCUGCUCGAGCAUACUUCAUUCCUGAGACAUCGCUGCUGCUCAAUGGCGUCUGGGACUUCCAUAUGGCUGGUACUCCCGAGGAGGCGCCAUUGCCGGAAGACAAGGGCGACGAAUGGGGCACCAUCAACGUUCCAGGUCACUGGCAGCUUCAGGGACACGGAUAUCCGUGGUACACCAACACUCAGUUUCCCAUUCCCGUGAGCCCUCCGUACGUGCCCAGCGAGAACCCUACGGGUACCUACAAACGCACAUUUUACGUCCCCUCGACGUGGGACGCGAAGUCGCAGUUGCGCCUGAGAUUCGAUGGUGUCGACUCUGCAUACCAUAUCUGGGUCAACGGCGUGCUCAUUGGAUUCGCGCAAGGGUCUCGAAACGCGUCCGAGUUCGAUGUCACAAGCAUUCUGAAGAAGGACGGCCCAAACGAGCUCUUUGUCAGAGUUUACCAAUGGUCUGACGCAACAUACAUCGAGGAUCAAGAUCAAUGGUGGCUUUCUGGCAUCUUCCGCGACGUCACCCUCCUUGCCGUUCCCGAGGCCACCAGAAUCGAGGAUUGGUUCCUCCGCACCGACUUGGACGAGAAAUAUGAAGAUGCUACCCUCCUCGCGACUAUCGACGUCAAGACUGCCGAAAAGGGCACUGUCAAGCUCACUCUCAGCGAACUUGGCAAGAAUGGUGGCGCCGUGAUCGCCACCAAGGAGGCAGAGGUUACCUCUAGCGACACAAAAGUCGAUCUUAGCAUUCCAGUUACGAACCCCAAGAAGUGGACGGCCGAGACACCCUACCUCUACCGAGUCGAUAUCACCCUCGGCUCCCACUCCAUUUACCAAAACAUUGGCUUCCGCAAGGUUGAGCGGAAGAACGGCCUCAUCACCGUGAACGGUGUACCCAUCCGCAUCAGAGGUGUGAACAGACAUGAGCACCACGCUCAUUUUGGCCGCGCCGUCCCUCUCGAGUACGCCAAGCGCGACCUCCUCAUCAUGAAGAACCACAACAUCAACUCUCUGCGAUGCUCGCACUACCCUCCCGACCCCCGUGUCUUCGAGCUCGCUGACGAGCUCGGCCUGUGGGUCAUGGACGAGGCCGAUCUUGAGUGCCAUGGUUUCUACGAUGCGGUUGCACGCCCACAAGAUGUCGAUGAGGCGGCGGACUACGAAGAGCGCAAGGCUGUAACCUUCCCGCUAGCCGGCAAGUACACCACCGAAAACCCCGAGUGGCGUGAGGCCUACCUCGACCGCAUGGUCCAAAUGGUUCAGCGUGACAAGAACCACACGAGUAUCAUCAUGUGGUCGCUCGGUAACGAAUCUUUUUACGGAGAAAACCACAAGGUCAUGGACGAGUAUGCCAGGAAGUUUGACUCUGGUCGCCCAAUCCACUACGAGGGUGAUGUCAAUGCUGAGACUGCAGACAUGUACUCUUAUAUGUACCCUCCUAUUGACCGCCUGAACAGCCUGGUCGAGACUGAGGGUGUGAAAGAGGAUGGAAGCUUUGACAAGCCCGUUAUCCUCUGCGAGUACGGCCAUGCCAUGGGUAAUGGCCCUGGUGGCCUCGAUGACUAUAUCGAGGCUUUCGAGAAGUACCCCCGCCUUCAAGGCGGCUACAUCUGGGAAUGGGCAAACCAUGGUAUCUGGAAGGAAGAUGCCGACGGUAAGGGCUACUACGCCUAUGGCGGAGACUUUGGCGAACGCCCUCAUGACGGCACCUUCGUCAUGGACGGUCUCCUUUACAGCACCCAUGACCCUACUCCUGGCUUGGUGGAGCUCAAGAAGGCGUACCAGCCUCUCCAGCUAUCUGUUGAGGGCAACCAGUUGGUGGUGAAGAACAAGUACGACUUUGUCGGCGUCGACCACCUCACUUCCACCUAUAAGGUUGAGGAGCUGGGCGAAAAAUCCACCCUUCUCGCCUCGGGUAGCCUUGAUAUUCCCAAGGUGGCCGCCGGCGAGACUGUUAAGGUCGAUCUCCCCUCAAGCUUCGCGAGCAUCAAGUCCGACAAAGAGGUCUACCUCACUGUGACCUUUGGCCUUAAGGAGUCCACCAACUGGGCCGAGCCCGGUCACGAGAUUGCCUGGAUUCAACACAAGCUGUCUGGUGUGCCCGCUGCUCCCAAACUGGCCACUAGCACCCUUACCUCCAAGCUGCAGGUCGAAAAGUCCCGCGCCAAGGCAACUGUUUCCGGCUCUGACUUUGCUAUCACUUUUGACACUGCCCGCGGCUACCUCGCUUCCUGGACAGCUGCAGGCAUCCCUCUCCUUGAGAAGGACGCCGCCACCGGUGCUGCCAUCAUUCCUAACUUUUGGCGUGCCCCAACCGACAAUGACAAGCCCAAUGACGAGCCUUACUGGGUUCGCUUCGGCGUCAAUGCCUUUGACAGUCAGCUCCGGUCGCUCAAGAUCAACGAGUCGACUGAUAAGGUUGAGGUCACUACUAACACCUACCUGUCUCCCCGUAUUCUCGACUGGGGGUGGGAAACCACCACGACCUACACCAUCGAGUCCACUGGUCGGCUUACGAUUGCAGUUGAGCUGAAGCCCCGCGGCAUCAAGCCCACCCACAUCCCUCGCGUGGGUCUGAACCUGCGUCUUCCUAAAUCGCUCAACAACGUCAAGUAUCUUGCCCUCGGCCCCGGCGAAUCGUACCCGGACAAGAAGUCCAGCCAGCACCUUGGCGUCUUUAGUGCUACUGUGCCGGAGCUGCACCAGCACUACGAGGUACCCCAAGAGGGCGGUAACCACAUGGAGACUCGCUACGCCAAGCUGACGGAGGAUCACGGCCGCGGCCUUCGUGCCAUUCCGGCUGAUGCUGCUGUCUGGUCCGAGGAAGAGUGGCGUCAGUUCAGUUUCCAGGUCAGCCGGUACACUUCCGAGACGGUGCGGAAGGCCGCGCACCCAUGCGACCUCGUGGAGGAAGAUGCGACGCUCCUUCGAUUGGACGCUCGCGUUGCCGGUGUUGGUAGCGCUGCUUGCGGCCCGAACGUUCGUGAGGACCUCAAGGUGCAUGUCGGAGAGUUCAAGUUUGGAUUUGUACUUGAGAGAGUUGGGUUCUAA